GCCAGCCGCCGCCGCGGCCGUCCGCGAGUGUUGUCUCGGUGUCGCUUUGGGGUGGUCGUGUUACGUGCUCGUCUUAGACCGUAUUCGUGAGUCGUGUAAAGAUGGUGUUAGCAACGGAGCCCGAAGAGAGGUGUCACUACGGCUACAAGAAGGAUCUCCGCACGGCGCUGCCGCAGCUCCUCGCUGUCAGUGUCAAGAACCUUCUGCUUCUAGGAUAUGGAAUGACGCUGGGGUUCCCCACCAUCCUCAUCCCGGCUGUGAAAGAUCCAAUGGAAGGGGAGGUACUGCACUUACAAAACUCGGAAAUAUCAUGGAUCAGCUCCAUAAACUUGAUAGUGGUGCCCAUCGGGUGCGCGCUGUCAGGCUCGGUGACGUCACCGCUGGGCCGGCGGCGCGCCAUGCAGUUCGUCAAUCUGCCCUUCUUCAUCGCCUGGCUGGUCUUCCACUUCUCGAAGACCACCUCACACUUGUAUACCGCGCUGAUAUUGACUGGUUUGGCGGGCGGUCUUUUGGAGGCACCCGUGCUGACAUACGUAGCGGAGAUCACGCAGCCGCACCUCCGCGGCGCGCUGUCAGCCACCAGCUCGAUGUGCAUCAUCAUCGGAGUCUUCACGCAGUUCCUCUUCGGCCUGAUGCUGUACUGGCGCACUGUUGCUCUUGUUAACAUCGUGUUCACGGUUCUAGCAGUGGUGGCUUUAUGCUUCGUACCCGAGUCUCCUCAUUGGCUCGUCUAUAAGAAACGUUAUAAUGAAGCAAGACAGAGUCUGCAAUGGCUGCGCGGUUGGACUGCCGCGGCCAAUGUUGAAACAGAACUGAGAGACAUCGAGGCUCUUUAUAAGAAAAAGAAAGAGGCGGAAGGCGAGGAGGAGACGCUGUGGUCGCGGAUAUCCCUCUACACCGAGAGGAGUUUCCUCAUGCCCUUCUUCCUGGUCAGCUACGCGUUCUUCGUGGGACACUUCAGCGGCAUGACCACGCUGCAGACGUACUCGGUGUCGAUAUUCCAAAUGCUGGAGGCGCCGAUCGACAAGUACUACGCGACGCUGAUCCUGGGCCUGCUGCAGAUCGCCGGCUCGCUGGCCUCCGUGUCGCUGGUGCACUGCGCCGGCAAGCGCCCGCUCACGCUGCUGUCCACCGCCGGCGCCGGCCUCGUGUGCCUGCUGGUUGCCGGCUACGACGUCUACAUACUGACGACCAUGGAAGUUGGUGUAGAUGUUAUACCAGAAAUCGUGAAUAUUACAACUACAGCGAGUACCGGCGUUAUGACUAUGAAUAAUCCCACCGCUUGGAUCCCCACGACUCUGCUGAUGCUGCUGGCUCUGAUCACCCACACGGGCAUCAGGCUGCUGCCAUGGAUCCUCAUUGGAGAAGUAUUCAGCGCUCGCACGCGGUCGGGCGGCGCGGGGCUCGCCAGCGCGGUGGGCUACAUCUUCGGCUUCCUCACCAACAAGCUGUACAUCAGCAUGGUGGACACGCUGUCCAUCUGGGGCACCUACGGGUUAUAUGGGAUCGUGAGUCUGUCCGGGUGCGUGGUGUUCUACUUCAUCCUGCCGGAGACGGAGGGCAAGAAACUCAAUGACAUUGAGAACCAUUUCGCGGGCUUGAGAAGGCUCACUAACAAGGUGUAUCGCUCUAAGAAACUGCCACCCCCUGAGAUAACGAAGAUAAGCGAGUUAAAGGGCAACUCCAACCCUACGUUCGAUGGAGACGCCACUUAUAUAUAAUUAUUGCAUUUUUACCGAAUUUGACUCAAAGUCUCGUAAUUUUCAAAUCUUUAUGUCUAUUUAGGUUUUUAGAAUUGUGCUGUGUUUAGAUAAAUAAUUUUAUGAUUGACUUCGUGUUAAAGUACUGGAAUUGUUUAUACUUUGACAAUUCUUUUAAUAAAAUUGUUUGAAUAUUAACAUAGAUAAUUAAAAACAAAUGGGUUAAUUGACAAGAAUUGUAAAUAAGUGUAUAAGUUGUUCAUGUAUUUUGUUCGAAGUAUUUGAUUGUGUCAUAAAUUGUCUGUGAUCAUGAUUUUUUUAAUUUAUUAAGGUCGUAAUUUACUUAUUUUCAAUAUUUAUUAAGUGAAAACUAUUUAUACUUUUUUAAAACCUUUAGGUAUUAUUAAUGUAAAAUCAAACUUGAUGUUUGAUUAAGAAUUGUUAAUGUACUAAAUUAUUGAAACGUUUUAUGUUAUUUGAAUGAAAUGCAUUUUCCUGUUAAAAACGUCUACGAAACUUUUAAAUACAUAAAAUUUAAGUUUGAAAAAUCAGAUGUUUUGCGCGAAGUGACAGUAGUACCCACCUCAACGCUUCGCUUAUGAGGCGUGCAAUACUGGUCAUAAAUCAGUAUACGUAUAUUAUUUCAUAGUUUUAGGAACUAUAUUUUACCCUGUUACCUACUCCUAGAAAUCUUCUAUCUUUUGUCAUCAGUCUUUUAACUAAUCUAUGUAUUUCUACUUUAAUAUAUAGGUACCAUGUAUUUCUUUAUUUUUUGGUUAUGUAAUUUGAUAGAUCUAUUUCUUUUUUGUUAUAUAAAUAUACUUGGAAAAUUCAACUUUUCAUCCACUCAGUAUUUUUGUAAGUAAUUUACAUCCCGCAAUAAUAUGUUAAUAUUACACUCAGGAGAAAAUAAUUUUGGCAUAAGUUUUAUUUUUCAAGGCUAUUUUCACGACUUAGAGAUAAAGUUUCGGACGUUGUCCUUUCUUUGCGCGAACUGUUAAACACUUGAAUGUAACCCUUAGUUAAGUUUCUUAAAUUUUGGCGAAAAUAUAUUAAGAUUUUCUUUCAUAAAAGCCCCAACAACAACUUCACACGUGCUAUCGUGACCAAGGUAAACAUAGAUUCAUUUUUAUAUUACAUUUGUCAUAUUAACAGACAGAAAAGCUCAACAAAAUAUAUCAGAAGUUGUGAAACUGGCCUUACAUUCAUGCAAAUACACGCUAAAUGAGACAUUUCAAAAGUUAUAAUGGGUCAAAUGUUUGCCGCCGGUGCACUGUCAGGAGCGACAAGUUUGCUGAGCGGUUCCAAUGUUCACUUUAGGGGUGCGAGUCGGUUAAUUUACAAGAAUACUUGAACAUUUUCAAUGCGUUAUAUUUUUCUCAAUGUUCUCAAAGUUUCCUUUAUGUAAAGACGUUAAAUAACGUCUCACAAAUUGUAAUUCUUUACUUAGUAACUACAUUCCAAUAUGUGAUCAGAUUAUUAAUAAAUUUAGGUAAUACGGAUAUAAGUUAACUCUUUAUUACGGCUACAUUUAUAAAUAUUAAAUGCCCCAUCGAACGGUGUGAUGCGAAUGUUUUCGAUGAUUUAUACUAGGUAUAUAAGCCGCUAGAGUAUUUCAUUCAAGUACAAUUUAUGGGAAAAUAUUGAUUUUAGAAGCGUGAAUUUUAUAAUUUGAAACAGGGUUCUUUUUUAUAGUAUGUUUAUUUUUUUUUGUAAUUUUAAUACACUGGACGUAUAUAAGAACAGUUGUAAUGAAUUCUGAAAUAAGUAAACUAAUAGUUAGUGUUAGUCUUAAUUAAUUUAAUGAUAUAAUUUAAUUACCAUUUUUAUAAUAUUUAUAUUAUACGCACAAAAUAGCACAUUAAAAUGUACCUACUUUGUAUUAUACGAUUAUAGAUACUUUGUAAAUAUUAAAAAAUAUUCCAUCGA